AUGGAGAAUAGCCCUCAAACACUGCCACCCUCGUCCCCAUGUCCCACCACUUUUGUAGGGUCCCUGCCUUUCUCUUCCUCGCCGCAGCAGACCUGCUCCCGUAUUUCACUCCCACUUUCACCUAUUUCAUUCCCUCCGUCCCCUACCUCACUUUCUCCAGCAAUAGCAGAGUCCAUUCACUCUUCCUCCCCCCUUUCACACUGCACAGCGUCUCAGUGCCUCGAAGGACAAAACAUACAGGGCCUCAGCCUGGCAAACCUAUCUGACCAGGAUGACCUGACCUGCCUCAGCUGGCUGCAUCAGAGAGGCAACCUGCUACCACUGCAGCCUCUUCCCAAAAUGACACCACUGCCUCAGCUAGAGUCCUCCGCACCGACCCAGCCUCUUCCUCCUGCCUCGUCCAAGCCGCCGUACUCCUUCAGCAGUCUGAUUUUCAUGGCAAUAGAAGAUUCACCAGACAAGAGACUUCCAGUGAAGGCCAUCUACGAAUGGAUUGUGAACAAUUUUCCCUACUACAGGACAGCCUCUGGAGGCUGGAGGAACUCUGUUAGACACAACCUGUCCCUGAGCAAGAGCUUCUGUCGCAUUCAGAGGGACAAGAGCCAGUCAGUGGGGAAGGGAUCGCUGUGGUGUGUUUGUCCAGAGUAUCGACCGGCGCUCCUGGAGGUGCUGAGGAAGACCCACAGUUAUCACAGCACUAACAGCAAUCUGAUAAACAAGCCUGCUCUGUUGGAAGGAGCUGACUAUGUGGUACCCGUCAUGUGUGACUCUAUGGAAAUCUCAGAUUCUCUUUGUCAAACCCUCCUCCUCUCCACGCCCUCUCCCCAAACCCUGACCACUGAUAACCCAACUUUUGCUGAACACCCACCGUGCCCUUUGACCCCGGAUCAUGAGGAGCUUGUCACCAUGGAGUCGGUUGAAUACCAGCAGGAAGAGGUCAGCGAGGAGAUGGAGAAGGACCCCCUGUCAGAUAGCGGUUACAUCGAAUUACACUACUACCAGUCUCACCAGUACCAGUACCUGGUGCUGCCAGGCGACACCGAGCUGGACCUGGAGACUGUAGAGAUACUUCAGCUGGAUGCUGAAGCCCAGGAGGCGGCUGGCUCACUGCUGGACCUAGCAGGUGGUGGAUAUUAA